AACAAAAGGGCAUCAUGGCUAAACAGUGGCGCUCUUUGUGCAUAUUCACAUUCCUCCAACUCUGCACAUUCACCAUCUCAAGGCUUGAGCAAGUCCCAACACCACCAUUGCCCAUUCUACCUCUUCCGACAUAUUCCCAGCUCAAAUGGCAACAGAGGGAGCUCAUAAUGUUCCUCCAUUUCGGAGUGAACACCUUCACCGACUCCGAAUGGGGCACCGGCCGUGAAAGUCCGGCUAUUUUCAACCCGUCCGGCUUUGACGCCAACCAGUGGGUCAAAACAGCUUCUGAUGCAGGCAUAUCACUAAUGAUACUCACUGCAAAGCACCAUGAUGGGUUUUGCUUGUGGCCUUCCAAGUACACUGACCACUCUGUUGGGAGUAGUCCUUGGAGAAGUGGCCAGGGUGAUGUUGUUCAAGAGUUGGUCAAUGCCGCCACCGCACGUGGCGGCAUUGACGUAGGGCUUUAUCUGUCGCCGUGGGAUAGGCAUGACCGGAGAUACGGUCAUGAGGUCGCAUACAAUCAGUACUACUUGGCCCAGUUACAAGAACUUCUCAGCAGGUAUGGGAGUGUAAGAGAAAUUUGGUUCGAUGGAAAUAAGGGUCCGAAUGCACCAAACAUGUCCUAUUACUUUGCAGAUUGGUUCUCCAUGGUGAGGGAGUUACAGAGCACCAUUAACAUAUUCUCGGAUGCUGGUCCGGAUGUUAGAUGGGUCGGCAAUGAGAAAGGCUUCGCCGGAAGCACAAGCUGGUCGACCAUUAAUCGGAGCUCAUUAUCGAUUGGGAGUGCAAGCAUUGAAGGUUAUCUCAACACUGGUGAUCCAGAGGGAACAGAUUGGUUGCCUCCAGAAUGCGACGUAUCGAUAAGAAAUGGAUGGUUUUGGCACAAAUCAGAGUCACCUAAGAAGCUAAGUACAUUGCUUGAAAUUUACUACAACUCAGUAGGACGAAACUGUGUGCUGCUGCUAAAUGUGCCUCCUAAUUCGACCGGACUUAUAUCCCAAGCAGAUGUGCAAAGACUCAGAGAAUUGAGAGGUGCAAUUGACACAAUAUUUUCUUACAACUUAGCUGAGAAAUGCUCCAUCAAAGUGAGUAGCCAAAGAGGAGGCAGAGGAGGAGGUUUUGGACCUGCAAAUGUGCUAGACAGUGACCAUUUGUGGACAUAUUGGGUUCCAAAUGAUGGUGACAAAGAGGAGCAUUGGAUUGAGCUCAAAGCCAGGGAUGAUGAUAAAAGAUUAAGGUUCAAUGUGGUUAGGAUUCAAGAGGCAAUUGGACUUGGUCAGAGAAUCAAAAGGCAUGAAAUUUAUGUGGAUGGUAACAAGGUUGCAAAUGGAACUACAGUGGGGUUCAAGAGGCUUCACAGACUUGAAGGGGGAGUAGUCCAUGGGCAAAUUGUCCGAAUUAGAAUUAAAGACUCGAAAGGUCUGCCUUUGAUUUCUUCCAUUGGUCUGCAUUUUGACCCCUAUUGGCACCCAAGUGAUUAGGUACUUUGAUAUGUAAAGUUAAGGAUAAACAAAAAACUGAAACAGCACCAUGUUUAACUUUUUAUCUUAAAACUUACAAUAAACUUUUUUGUGCCCAUAAUUGACUGGUGCACUCUGUCUGAAAUGACUUGUAUUCUGUUCUUCAAGCCAGAGACAAUAAAA